AUGGUGGAGGUUUCGCUUACAGUCGGAAAGCUAGACGCUUCAUUAGCGCUCUUAUUGACCAAAGAUCACCACCUCAUUGAAUUCCCCACAAUCUUGUUACCCAAUGGAGUAAAGUCCGGCUCGAUUGUCAAGAUCAGAUGUGACCGAGACUUGAAGACAGAAGCCGAGGAGGCACAGCAGUUCCAGAAGAUCCAAGAUCAAAUUCUCUCAACUUUCGGCAAGAAUUUACCGCAGAAUCCCGUCUUAAAGAUUAAGAAUGUCACACAGACCUCAUGUGUGUUGGAAUGGGACAAGUUAGAUUUGGGCACUGCUUCAUUGAAGAAUUUGGUGCUUUUCAAGGACGGAAAGAAGCUUGGGUCGAUCCCUCAACCGUUAACUAACACCACUUCGAAGUUGUCUGGAUUACCUAUUGACAAGACGUUCAAAUUCCAGUUGCAGUUGGACACUACCGCGGGCGUUUACUCCUCCGAGACCAUUGAGGUGAGAACACACAAAAUGACAGAUUUGUCGGGUAUUACCGUGUGUUUGGGGGAUAUCGCAGCUAAUGAGCACUUCACUAUCGACGAUAUUCAGGCCACAUUGCAGAAUAUGGGUGCACAUUACCCAGCAGAUACGAAGUUGAAGGUGGACACGACACACUACAUCACCACCAGAGAAAACAAGCAGAAUCCUGAGUUUUUAAAGGCCAAUGAGAUGAACAUCCCUAUCAUUCGUCCAGAAUGGUUGAAGGCUUGUGAAAGGGAAAGACGUAUAGUGGGAGUCAGAGAAUUCUAUGUUAAGGACUGCGCUUUGCCAGAUAUCUUUGCCCGUAACUACUGGCAGAAGGCGCCAUCCAAGGAGCCAAAAGAGACCAAGGAGGAUGUGCAGGCGCCUACAGAGGCCGAAAGUGUUGAAGAGGUUAGAAAGGAUGGAGAGACACCUGACGAUGUGAAAAUCGAAUCUGUGCCGGUUGAACUGGCCAAGGAGACAGUGGUAGAGACGCCAGCUGAGGAAGAGCCAGCAAAGGAUGAUGAUGGUGUAAAGGAUUCAGAAGUGUCAGAACAGCCUGUUUCUGAGAAACCGGCCGAUGUUCCUCAAACUACGGAACCAGUAAAGGAAACUGAGGAGGCCGCAAAGGAUUCAGAAGCUUCUGAUACUGCUCAGGUUCCUGAGAUUGAAGUUCCACAAGUUGGAGACCCUGCAGUUACCGAGUCCGAAGCCACGACCGCUGCUGAAGUCGCAGAAACAGAGCCGGAAGUUGUGAUUCCCGUAUCAAAAGAAGAAACACCACAACCAACCAAGAUUCCAGAGAGUGAAGAAGCAAAGGAUGUGGUUCCAGAUGAAGAAGCAGACACGGAAUUCGACCUUGGCUCCACGCCUGCUGCAGCUGUUGCUGCUGCCCCCACUGUCACAGAUGCGCAACAAAUUGACGCAGCUCCAGAGUCCGACACUGACGAUGCUAGAAUUGUGGAAGCCACAGCCUCGACCGAGUUUGAUGAAGUCGACAUUAGUGCACCUCCGGUGGAAGAAAGUGUCGAGGAGAAGGCCGAGGAAGCGGCACUUCCAAGUGAAGAUACCGAGGAAUCUCCAAGUGAGGAUUUGGAGGAGACCGCUAAUGAGCAGGUUGAUAUCGAGGCAGCUGAGGCCGUAGAAUCUGGGGAAAAGUAUUAG